AUGAAGGCAUCCUCGUCAAAGACAAAAAAGUUGGGCGUGUCAAAGAUGAAAACGACCUCUGUGGCAAAAAAGGCUGUAAAGAAACGAGUGGAAAUUGACCUUGAACAGCCUAAAGACAGGGAUCCCAUCGAUUCCAAGCUGAUUUCUGAGACUCAGACUGAAGAGAAGCUUGCUACUGAUGACACUGACGUGCAGAUUAGGGUUAUCGCCGCACGCAAAGCUCGUCGCAGAGCCCAUUACAAUAGUAUUGUCCCAAACUUGCCGGCGUGGUGGAUGCAGAACUUAUAUUUGGGAGAUGUUGUUGACGAAGCAUUGGAACGCCAUGACCACAUCCAUCCGGGUAAUACGCUGUUCAUGGCGUGGGAAGAGCAUUUCCCUGGCUCUUGGAACCCACCUUGCCUCCGGUACGACAAUCCAUUUUACGACAACACAGGGAUAACAUCUUGUGAAGAUCGUUUUGCUCGCAUUUUCAAAUUGGUCAAUUCGGAUAACAAUCAAUUGACCAAUUGA